AGCGUCAUGAAAGACCUAGCCUGCAAGUUGAGACGCCUGCCUUUCCAUGCAAGCUGAAAAUGAGCUGCAACCUCUUCCUCCUGGCUUUUGUCCUGGGCAUUGGUGGAACUUUCCAAUAUGGGUUACAGAUCUCCAUUAUCAAUUCUCCUGCCGAGUACAUCAAAAGUUUCAUCCAUGAGACCUGGCUGAAAAGAUAUGGCUCUUCUCCCAGUGAAGAGAUAAUUACUUUGAUGUGGUCCUUCAUUGUGUCCAUUUACAGCAUCGGUGGGCUCCUGGGAUCCCUGUUUGCCGGAUAUUUGUUAGUCAGAUUUGGAAGGAAGAAGGCCAUGCUGCUCACCAAUAUCCCUGCUCUGUUGAGCGCGGCUCUGAUGGGACUCAGCCGGCUGUCUGGAUCCUUUGAGAUGAUCAUCAUUGGGAGAAUGUUUUCUGGAGUCUGUGGAGGUUUAGCUCUGAAUAUCCACAUCCUCUAUGCUGGGGAAUGUGCCCCACAGAAGCUGCGCGGGGCGGUUGCCAUAACAGCUUCCACUGCCAUUGCCGUUGGAAAGUUUGUAGGAUUUGCUCUGGGUCUCAGAGAAGUUCUCGGAGUAGAGGCUCUCUGGCCUAUUCUCAUGGCAGUCAACGCACUCCCUGCCCUCAUUCAGCUUCUCACCCUCCCAUUCUUCCCAGACUCCCCCCGCUACCUGCUCAUUGACAAAAAGGACAAAGAGGGGUGCAUCAAAGCUGUGAAGCAGCUCUGGGGAGAUGGUGACCACGCGGCUGAAAUGGAUGACAUGAUGGCAGAGCAAAAAGCCAUCAACGGGGAGAAGGCUAAGAGCGUUUGUGAUCUUUUCCGGGACAAAGCUGUCCGUUGGCAGCUCAUCACUCUCUUCCUUGUCUCCUCAUGUAUGCAGUUAAUUGGAAUCAAUGUGGUUUACUUUUAUGCAUACAGUGUCUUCGUAAAGGCUGGAAUCCCCCCUGCUCAAACCUGCUAUGUCUCCCUGGGAGUUGGGAUCACAGAGAUCCUCACCACAGUUCUCUGUGGUUUCCUAAUUGAGCGUGCAGGGAGGAAGAUGCUGCUGUGGAAAAGCUACACUGUUAUGUCCUUGGCUUUAGGGCUCCUCACUGUCACCCUUUCACUGCAGGAUUCUUUCUUCUGGGUACCAUACUGCUCUGUUGCACUCAUCUUUAUCUUCAUCAUGAGCUUUGGCAUUGGGCCAGCUGGGGUGAUAUGCCCCUUGCCCACAGAAAUAUUUAUUCAGUCAUACAGACCAGCUGCUUAUGUUUUAAGUGGUGUUACAAACUGGAUCCAACUCUUCCUCCUUGGACUCGUGUUCCCUUUUAUUGCGGAAGGUCUUGGUAGUUUCUGUUUCAUCAUUUUCUUUGCAUACUGUCUGUCCAUGGCUAUCUUUGUCUUCCUGGUGAUGCCAGAGACCAAAGGAAAGACUAUGCUGCAGAUUAUGGAGGAGUUCAACCGCCUGAACUACCGUGGAAAGAAGAGGCAGACAGUCCUAUGGCAGAAUGACAGCUCUGUGACUAUUGCUACCAGACUUUAAUAACAAACUCUCUGCUCUUUGACUGAUACUUUUUUCUUUUAUUAUGGUAGUGCCCAGAAGCCUCAUUAAGCAAAAGAGAUUCUGUUGGUCCACACAUGGCAAAAAUAUGUAUUAAAAAAAUACUGACUGCUGUGCAGGACACAGGAUGAACUUGGUAUGUCUCUCCGCUUCUAAAAUUUGAGCCAAGCGAAAUCUCUUGCAGAAAAAAAAUGAUACACAGUGUACAAAGAAACAAGAUCUUUAUCAGCCCCGGCAACUUAGCAGCUGUUUGGACAGAAAAUACAGGAUCUGCUGAUGUUACCAAGAAGAAGAAGAAGAGUAUUGUGCCUGUCAUCAGACAUAAUCAGUAUGCAAUAUUUCCCCCUCUUUCAAUUAGACUGGUGGGCAAGCACGUGGUAUUGGGGCAAGUAGGAGUUUCUUGGGCUGCUUGUGAUCAAAUUUCUGUGAGCUGCAGUGUGGUCUUAUCAGGUUGGCAUCAUUCAUCUUCUUUUGGAUGGAAGUCAUUGCUACAUUUGAAGAAAAAUGAUGUAAAGGAGGUAUAAAGACAUGGUAGAAAGGAGACAUGUAAAGAAAACACUGUGACAAAAGCAUCCAAGCUUUUUACUUCCAGCUAAACCUCUUGCUUGGUAAUCAGGUACAUUGCCUAGACUUUUGAGAUUCUUCCGUUUGGUUAAACAGGGACAUGCCAGCACUGAAAGAAAGCAGAGCAGUGGGUACUGUGUAGCAAGAGAGAGGUGCAGAAAAGCAUGAAUGAGCUAAUCCAUGGUGGGUAGUUUCUCCUUCAUCAUUAACAUAACUAUAUGUAGCAUAUCUUCUACUAUUUGUUAUUUGAUGUGGGAGAGAAGGAACAUUGGGUUUCGGCAGGGUUUGGUUCCCAAGACCCACUGGUACUCAUGAGACAAAAAAAGCUGGUGCCUGUCCUGGGGAACCCAGUCUGUAUGUCUAAGUGUUUGCUUGUCCCUCUGGUUCUCCAAAUAUUCCACGUAUUUGGAGCCUCACACUUUUGUAUACAUUGCUAUACAGCGAGACACACUAUUGCUUGUCACGCUUCGCAAUUUACUGGAAAGAAAUAAAAAAGCAGUGACUAGGAAAACGCAUCCCGUUGAUCAUGCCUGGAUUUGGUAUCAGUGAUUGAAGAGUCAGGGAUGGAGAAAAGCCCAGUUUCUGGGACUGUGUUGUCCAGGCCAAGGAAUCCUGCAUCUGUCUUGUUCUGGAAAUGAGACCUCAGCAACAGACCAUUGUAGAUGCUGCACAAUGCAAUAAAAUUUGAAAAAAGA